GAGCAGGGAAAACCGAUCCCAAUCCCUAACCCCUCACGCAAGCCUUCUUUUCCCCAAUCGGAGCGGCGAUGGCGGCGGCGGUGGCAAGGUCCGGGCUCCGGCGCAUGUUCGCCAUCUCCGACGUCGCGGCGACGAGCUCGCGCUUGUUCUCCAUCUCGGCCUUCACGCCGCCGAGCCCGCCGACGCCUCCCCCGAAGGCCGACCCCUCCCCCAACCUCUUCGUCUCCGGGUUAAGCAAGCGUACAACAACCGAUGGACUUAGAGAAGCUUUUGCAAAGUUUGGGGAAGUUAUGCACGCUCGAGUUGUCACAGAUCGUGUCACUGGUUUUUCUAAGGGGUUUGGUUUCGUAAGAUAUGCUAGUGUCGAAGAUGCGUCUAAAGGAAUUGAAGGAAUGGAUGGAAAAUUUCUCGAUGGAUGGGUUAUUUUUGCGGAAUAUGCUAGACCCAGACCACCGCCGCAGAUGGGAGAGGGGACUUCGCAGCCGCAACAAUCAUGGGGCCCACCAUCUGGGUCCUGGGGUGCACAGUAGAUGAAGGGACAAUCAUUCUUCCUAGCUGUGGGGCUGACAGCAGAUCAACGAGCCAUCGCAUUCUACAUUUGGAUUAUAUAGCUAUAUUGUGUCGUCCCAGGUGUGAACGCCCCUGUCUGAUCCGAUAUUCUUAUCAUGUUGGACUGGGUGUUUACGGUUUCCACAUGGAGAAGCACCUGCCGAACCGAAUAUGGACCAGGCAGUGAGCAAACAUACACUGAACAGAUUCGGACCAUUGAGAAUAAUGUUCCUUAUCCUCCUUGUACCUGAAGGUAGUGUUGUUAUGUCAGAAUGUACCUUUUAUUUGAAUUGUCAUAACCCUUAUCAGCUGAUAAUGACUCGUAGCCUCUCAGAAUAAGAACACGUUUACAAGUGAAUGUCGAACCGAAUUCCCUUGAUCUGAUCCGUUCCUGUGAUGGCGACGCAAAUCUGCAGUGUAUGUACCUGUGUACCGUGUGCUGUUGUUGACUUGGAUUUGGUUUUCCCGAGCUUA